CUGUUGAAUUCUGCUCUCUCUCUCUGGUUUUCGGGAGAGAGAAAGAUACAUCUUCCAACGGUGAUUAUUUCAUGGCGGUGUCCAAUCGAAGUGAGUAUUUCGAUAUCGAAAUCGACAGUAGAAGCGCGUCCUUCUCGUGGCAGUCUGAUUCGCUUGUACAAGAUGAAGAAGAACUUCUCUGGGCUGCAAUCGAGAAGUUGCCGUCUCGGAAAAGAAUGAACUUCGCAAUCUUGAAGAACGCUUCUUCGGAUACUGAUGGAGGAGAAGCGAAGCCGGAGACUAUCGAUGUCAGGAAACUCGACCGUUUCGGUCGUGAGCUCGUCGUCAAGAAUGCUUUCGCGACGGACGAGCAAGAUAACUAUAAGCUCUUAUCCGCAGUUAAAGAACGUCUUGAAAGAGUCGGUUUGGAGGUCCCGAAGGUAGAAGUCAGAUUCGAGAACCUGCAUAUCUCGGCCCAGGUACAAACCGGCACAAGAGCAUUGCCCACAUUGGUGAACUAUACCCGUGACGCAGUCGAGCAAUUACUGAAUAGUUUGAGGAUAUUUCGUCCCAAAAGGCACACGCUCAACAUCUUAGCUAACAUCAGUGGUUGUGUGAAGCCCGGAAGGAUGACAUUGCUUUUGGGCCCUCCUGGUUCGGGAAAAUCUACCUUUCUUCGAGCUCUCGCUGGGAAGUUCGAGCAUGGCUUAGCGAAAAGCGGCAACAUUACAUACAACGGACAUAUGCUUAAUGAAUUUUGCGUACAAAGAACUUCUGCCUACAUAAGCCAAACGGAUAACCACAUUGCAGAGCUAACUGUCCGGGAAACUUUAGAUUUUGCUGCGAGAUGUCAAGGUGCAAGCGAAGGCUUCGCAGGAUAUUUGGAAGAUUUGGUCAGACUGGAGAAGGAAAAGAAUAUACGUCCAAGUCCAGAAAUUGAUGCAUUCAUGAAGGCAUCAUCUGUUGGGGGAAAGAAGCAUAGUCUUUCAACGGAUUACAUCUUGAAAGUCCUUGGUCUAGAUACAUGUGCAGAAACACUAGUCGGUAAUGACAUGCUCAGAGGUGUCUCAGGUGGUCAAAGAAAGAGAGUUACUACUGGAGAAAUGGUUGUUGGACCAAGGAAAACCCUGUUUAUGGAUGAAAUAUCUACUGGACUUGAUUGUUCUACAACAUACCAAAUUGUAAAAUGCAUACGUAAUUUUGUUCACCAAAUGGAGGGUACUGUUUUGAUGACCCUCCUUCAGCCUGCUCCCGAGACGUUUGAUUUAUUUGAUGACUUAAUACUAUUAUCUGAAGGACAGAUAGUUUAUCAAGGUCCUCGAGCACAAGCAUUAGAUUUCUUUCAAUCAUUAGGCUUUAAAUUGCCACCUCGUAAGGGGGUUGCUGAUUUUCUUCAAGAGGUUACCUCCAGAAAGGAUCAAGCACAGUAUUGGGCCGAUCCUUGGAAACCAUAUGUGUUUCUCUCUGUUUCAAAAAUUACAGAUGCAUUCAGAAACUCUGAGUUUGGAAGGUCUGUGGAGUCCAAUCUUUCAGUUCCAUAUGAUAAAAGGAAGAGUCAUCCUUCAGCUCUUGCCAAGACAAAGUAUGCUGUACCAAAGUGGGAACUCUUUAAGACAUGCUUCACACGGGAACUUCUAUUGAUUAGCAGGCACCGGUUCCUGUAUAUAUUCAGAACAUGCCAAGUUGCAUUUGUUGGAUUUGUUACAUGUACAAUUUUUCUACGAACAAGAUUACAUCCUACAGAUGAAACAAAUGGGAACCUUUACCUUUCUUGUUUGUAUUUUGGUCUGGUGCAUUUGCUAUCCAAUGGAUUUUCGGAGUUACCAAUUAUGAUAUCCCGAUUGCCAGUUUUCUUUAAGCAAAGAGAUAAUUUCUUCCAUCCUGCUUGGGCUUGGUCCAUUCCUAGUUGGAUAUUGCGUAUACCCUACUCAGUCCUGGAAGCUGUUGUGUGGUCUUGUGUUGUAUAUUAUACUGUUGGUUUUGCUCCUAGGGUGUUUUUCGGCUUCAUGCUCACUUUCUUUUCAGUACAUCAAAUGGCACUCGGCCUCUUUGGCAUGAUGGCUGCUAUUUCACGGGAUAUCAUCAUUGCUAAUACAUUUGGAAGUGCUUCCCUACUACUUGUAUUCUUAUUGGGAGGAUUUCUCCUUCCAAAAGCAAUGAUUAAGCCAUGGUGGAUUUGGGCUUUCUGGUUGUCACCAUUAUCAUAUGGGCAGCGUGCAAUUUCAGUCAAUGAAUUUUCAGCUACAAGAUGGAUGGAACGAUCUACAUAUGGAAACACUACAGUUGGAUAUAAUGUUCUCCAUUCACAUGCUCUACCCAAUGCUAGUUACUGGUAUUGGCUUGGUAUUGGGGUUAUGUUGGCUUAUGCAGUGGCCUUCAAUAGUUUGGUGACCCUUUCCUUGGCUUACCUUAACUCUCUGAGAAAAGCCCAGGCUGUGAUUGCAUUGGAUUGCAGAGAAGAUAAUUCAAAUAAUGAUCAUGAGUCCUUAUCUUUUGAAAGUAGAGCUCCAAGGAGGGGAAUGAUCCUUCCAUUUCAACCACUAUCAAUGACAUUUCAUAAUGUUAAUUACUUUGUCAACAUGCCUAAGGAAAUGAGUUCAAAAGGGAUCCCAGAAAAGAAGUUGCAACUAUUGUCAAAUGUCAGUGGAGUAUUCUCCCCUAGUGUUCUUACUGCAUUAGUUGGUACAAGUGGAGCAGGGAAAACCACAUUGAUGGAUGUGCUUGCAGGCAGGAAAACUGGUGGAUAUAUAGAGGGGGAUAUUAGGAUAUCAGGGUACCCAAAAGAGCAAAGUACUUUUUCCAGAAUUGCAGGAUAUGUUGAACAGAAUGAUAUUCAUUCUCCUCAAGUUACAAUUGAGGAAUCCCUUUUGUUUUCUUCAUCUCUUCGCCUUCCAAAAGAUGUCAGCAGAGAAAGCAGGCGUGUGUUUGUUGAAGAAGUUAUGACAUUAGUAGAGCUUGAUACUCUAAGGCAUGCUUUGGUUGGUUUGCCUGGGACCAGUGGCCUAUCAACUGAACAAAGAAAACGCCUAACAAUAGCAGUGGAGCUUGUUGCAAAUCCUUCCAUUAUUUUCAUGGAUGAACCUACAUCUGGAUUAGACGCACGAGCAGCGGCUAUUGUGAUGCGUACUGUUCGUAAUACUGUUGAUACUGGAAGAACAGUGGUUUGCACAAUACAUCAACCUAGUAUUGAUAUAUUCGAAGCAUUUGAUGAGCUACUUCUUAUGAAACGAGGGGGUCAAGUUAUAUAUGGAGGGAAGCUUGGAGAGCACUCACAAAUUAUGAUCAACUACUUUCAGGGACUUCAUGGAGUCCCUCCCAUUCCCGAUGGUUAUAAUCCUGCAACUUGGAUCCUUGAGAUCACUACACCAGCGGCUGAGCAAAGAAUUGGGCAAGACUUUGCAAACAUAUACAGGAAUUCUAAUCAAUACAGGGAAGUGGAAGCAUUGAUUGAGCAUUUGAGUAUUCCAGCCAUUGGCUCUGAGCCCUUGAAGUUUUCUUCUACAUAUUCACAAGAUAGCAUAACACAGUUUCGGAUUUGCUUUUGGAAACAAUUUCUUGUAUAUUGGAGAAGUCCCCAAUACAAUGUUGUGCGGUUAUUCUUCACUAUAAUGUGUGCGUUCAUAAUCGGUUCAGUGUUUUGGAAUAUUGGUUCAAAAAGGGGCACAACACAAGACUUAUUUGUGGUGAUGGGAGCUCUUUAUGCCUCCUGCUUGUUUCUUGGAGUAAAAAAUGCUUCUUCAGUACAACCAGUAGUUUCUAUUGAGAGAACAGUUUUUUAUAGAGAAAAAGCAGCUGGAAUGUACUCACCAUUACCUUAUGCAGCAGCACAGGGUCUUGUAGAAUUACCUUACAUUGCCAUGCAAACAAUAUUAUUUGGUGUUACAACAUACUUCAUGAUCAAUUUUGAAAGGACAAUAGGAAAAUUUCUGUUUUACCUUCUGUUCAUGUUCCUCACGUUCACCUAUUUUACAUUCUAUGGGAUAAUGGCAGUUGGCCUGACACCUUCUCAGCAAUUUGCUGCUGUUGUUUCUUCUGCAUUUUUCUCUCUAUGGAAUCUUCUCUCAGGCUUUCUCAUCCCAAAACCAAAUAUUCCAGGAUGGUGGAUCUGGUUUUACUACAUUUGCCCUGUGGCUUGGACUCUUCGGGGUAUCAUAACUUCUCAGCUCGGCGAUGUGGAGACCCAUAUUGUUGGAUCUGGGUUUGAGGGGUCUGUGAAGGAUUAUCUGGAGGUUAGUCUAGGCUACAGUUCUGGGAUGAUUGGUGUUUCUGUAGUAGUGCUCUUUGGAUUCUGUAUAUUCUUCUUUCUUGUCUAUGCAUUCUCGGUCAAAUUCCUCAACUUCCAGAGAAGAUGAUGAGUGCAGAGUUAG